CUAGAGGAGCAGACAGGAGAAGCGGAGGCGGAAGCGAUGCUGCACGGCGGUGGGUCGCGAGCACCGGCGAAGCCACGGCGCCCCAGCUCCCACUCUCACUCCCGCCAGCGGGCGCCGUCCCCGCCCACUCCGUCGCGCCGAGCGAGCGGGGCUGUCGCUUCGGCUUCCCACGAAUCGAAGGAGCAGUCGGCGUUGGAAGCUCCGGUGAUGUCUUCCGUGGAAGAGACAUCGUUCACGUUUGAGUUCAAAAGGGCAAAGAAGGCAAUGACGCCGCCGUCGCUGCUGCCGGUGGAUGAGCCGAGGGGCGAAAACAAUUCAAGAGAGGGCCUCUCCAACAAGCCAAGCGCUGUCCCUGCGAAGAAAGACACGCCGAAGCAGGUGGAGUUCACCCAUUGCUCGCCUGGUAUUGUUGGCAGGCUGAUGGGCCUAGACACCGUGCCUCGCCCCAAGAAAUCUCUUGACCGCUGCCAGAGUGACACCCGGGGUAACCGGCGACACUUGUCAGGAGUUGCUCGAGGCGUGGACAGCGCUUCGUCUGGGGAUCAGGCAUGUAACACCAGUUCUGAUGAGCUGCCAGCAUUUAACGAUGUUUUCGAGGUAACAGAGAUGGAGAACAUGGCGAUGCAUGGGCCGCUGCAGCCUGGAAAUCAGGAGCCAUAUCUGACAAACAUUGAAGCUGAUCUUGAAUUUGUGAGGCAAAAGUUCUUGGAUGUUAAGCGCCUUGCCACUGGCGAAGGGAAUAUGAACUCUAAGGAGUUCAGCGAAGCACUCGAGGUACUGCACUCCAAAAGGGAUGUUUUCCUUGAAAUCCUUCAGGAGAACAGGACUGCAGUGUCAGGAUUCUCAGGACACAUCCUUAGCCACAGUGGGUUGCAGUGCUCUUCUUAUACCAGCAAUGCUGCUGCUGCUGCUGCUGCACAACCGUUUGAGAAAGAAAUCCCUUGUGGCAUGGAAGGUGUGUGUGACGGGAUGCAUGUCAUACCAAAAGAGUUUGAGGAACCCGUUCCUAGCAUGCCGCCCAGAGAAACUUCAGUUACACCAGUGGCGCCCUUGGCACCAAAUGAGGGCAAGAGUAAAGGCUCAUGCCGUCGCUCUGAAAUCGUUGUUCUGAAGCCAAACCUUCAGAGGAAAAGUUUCACACCUGUUCUCUCUCAAAUUGUUGUUCUGAAGCCAAACCUUCAGAGGAAAAGUUUCACACAUGUUCUAUCAAGCCAAGAAGCAUCACAAUAUAAACAGAAGAGAGAUACACAACAUUUGAAGCCUCCACACCAUAGUAAACAAUUUUCUGUGGCACGAAACGAUGAAGUUCUCGAAGGAGAAAGGGGUUUUGCACUACAGAAGGCUAGAAAGCAAGCACAUAGGAGUGGUAGCAGGAGGAGAUCAUCCCAGGAAGAAUAUAACCUUGAAGCAGAUACUGAGAAGGCAAGAGUUAGUUCUACUUCUACCUCUCAUGAAGACACCGUGCCCAUUUAUUCAAGCAUCCAUUCUUCGGGACCAUCAGUAAGUAGAAAGGCUAGAAAGCACCUCUCGAAAAGAUGGCAAAUGACCUGCCAAUCUGAUUCAGAAGAUUCAAUUCCUAAAGGCAUAAAAACACUAGGUGAAAUGCUCGGACUGUCUGAUAGAGAUGCACCAAGAGAAACCACCCACAUGGUAGGAUCAGAUCCAAACUUCAGUCCCUAUAAUGUGAGAGAGGUGCCAGACAGCCCUCUUGGCAUUAGCAGUAAAGAUGGGUGGAAGACAGGGAUUUACUGUGAAGAUGAUUCAAGAGCUGGUAUAUCAAGGAAUUUUCUCAGGUCCAAAUCUCUUCCAGCCUCAUCUACCACUUCUACAAAAUUAUCAUGCAGGAGACAGUCUGCACCAACCUGUAGGUUGCCCAUUCUGAAAGAUAUAUUGAAUGCACCCACUGAUGAAUCUGAAAAUGCACAUAUCAGGAAGAGAUCACCAAUCAGAAAUGCAAAACAGAGAAAUGAAAAAGCAACUGCCCAUCUAGGAAGGGAAAAUAUGCUACCUGAAAAAGAAAUUCAUGUAACCUCGGAAAUAGCCAGGCACAGCAUCUGCGUUUCUGAUAUUUCUCGGGCAAGCAAUAUACAUACUGAAAAGUGCCCUGAUGAUGCUAUCAAAACUGAGGAUCAGGAAGAGUCUGAUUCUGCUCUUCAACAUGAUUACAAGAAAAAAACACAAGGUUUUAUGGGAUGCUACCAGACAAUAGCAACAUCAUCUCCGGAGACAAAAGAAGUUAUAUCAAUUCAGAAUCAGGAUUGCAUAGAAUUGAAGGAGGAAAGGAACCCAUCAGUGGAGAUUGAAGCUGAUCAAGUCUACACUCGAACAGCAGAAUCAGCAAGUAUUGCAAGUGCUGAAUGUUGUGACUGCUCAAGUCCAUCUGCUUUAUCGCAACAAAGUUCUGGUGAAGAGACUUAUUCUGGAAUCUUUAAAAGCAUCAACGUCGGUAUUCAAGAACUCAAAGAGCAACUGAAGAUGCUGAAGAUGGAAGACCAAAAUGACAUUUGUGGAGACUAUUCUGAUACAUUGUCAAGCGACGAGUUCGAUAAUAUGAACAUCUCAAUAUAUCGAACCAUGGAAGAGCAGUUGUCUAUGUUUAAGGAUGGGGAGGACAGAGAUUUCUCUUAUGUACAGGACAUGCUUGCUAGCGCGUGCGACUUGCCAGAGCACCUAGAAGAUUGGCAAGUGAGCUCAGAUGUGUUCCUUUGUCUUGAAAACAAGUACAGCAAGCUGGUUCUGUGGUCAAAAUCCGACAGGAAACUUCUGUUUGAUCUUGUGAACUCAAUUUUGGCUGACAUGACCAUUCCAGACAUUGGCUUGUGUUCAAAGCUCAUGAUGAAGCGCUGGCCUGAAAUAGAUCACGGACAGUUAACUGAAAUCGUCAGGCAAAUGGUGCAGAAGCGAAGUAACUGUGGGCACUUUUUCUUGGAGGAUGUUCAGCCUUUGCCAUUGGACCAUGGUUCUGAGGUAGAGCUGGUUGGAACGAAGAUUGCCAUGAUGAUCCAUGAUGACAUUAUGACAGAUUUUAUCGUCGGAAUCAUGUCCCAGGAGAACCUCCUUGUUAUCAGCUAAUGUUUAGGGCUGUAGUGGUUUAGCUAGAUUGUUAGGCAGAUGAGUCACAACCUGCAAACCAGUAGUUUGCGAAUACUAGUCUACUAUAUAUAAAAGGCUUGGUU